AGUCACGUGACAGUUGCCGCGGAAACUCAAAAUGUCCUCGUAAUGAUACUUUUGCGAAAUAGUUAAUAUCAGGAGAUUAUAAAUUGAACUUGUAGUAUACAUUUCAUAGGCAAAAUAUAUCAAUAAUUAUAAAAUCAAUGUCUAAAGUACUUUAUCACGAUUCCUUACCGAAAAGCGAGCUUCCAGAGCCAAAAAGUGGAAAAUGGGAAUGGCGGGAAGACACAAAUACUUUGGAAUUCACUAAUUUUCAAACAAAAAAAGAUGCCAAGAGAAAAGCAGCUGCAGAUAAACAUAAAAGUGUUGAUAGAGGUGCUACUCCAAGUAGAGCAAAUAAAAAAUCAAUUCCAACUUGGAUACCAAAAAAGAAAGAUAAGGACGAAGGACCUAGCCAUAUAAAUCUCGUACAUAUAAAAGAAAGCGCAUUAAGCUAUCUUACCGAACACUAUGAAGAAAAAGACGAUACAGAAGAUAUGGACAAAUUUAAGGCUUUCGAAGCUGGAGUCUACCACACAAAACAAUUGGAUGAAUUUUUAAUGUUUCUAUUGAAGUAUUUUGAAUUAUUCUUUGAAAAAUUCAAUCUCGAUAACAAACCUAAUCCUAUGAAUAUUGAACCUAGUCAAGCAGAAGUUGCAUAUUAUCACAAAGUAUGUGAUAAAUUAUUAGCAGCUCAAAAAUUAGUUGGAUACGCGUAUGGGAUAUUGAUUCUUGGCGAUGGUAUGUCGACACAUCACCAUAUGUCAUGUGGAGUAUCGAGAGUGUCAAACACCUACAAGGAUCGAAAUAUGUUUGAAUGUCUUUAUAAAUUCUGUUCAGUUGUUGUUGAGAAAACUUUUGUUAAACGUAAUGAUGAAGCUGUUAGAACUGAAGUUAAUAGAAUGAUGAGAUCCCAUACAUUCAAUCCAGCUUUAAGAAUUAAAUUAGCUCCAGACGCAGAAAAGAAUACAGAUGAAGUAAAAUUAACUCCUGCCGAAUAUAGAAGGCAACACGGGAAUAGGCCUGCAAUAAAGAGUAUUAUAACGCAAAAAUCUCCUGCUCUUAUAUCAAUUUUACCAUCGUCCAAAGAAGGAGCAACCUAUCUAUUUCAAAGAAAACAAGCAUUAUCUGCAGCAGGAAUUUCAGAUAAUAAGAGCGCUGAUGAGAUAAUUAGCGAUGAUUCUAUUGAGAGUGUGACAGAAACCCUGAGCUUAGAAACAUUAAAAGUUGGAAUUAUUGGAGAAUCAUCUAAAGAUUACGAUUUAAAAACACUGAUACCACAUAGAGGAGGUGAAGGGGACGAUCCUUCAAGAGAUGAAAAGGAACGAUUAUCAAGCAGAAGGGCAUCACUGCAGACGUCUGAUGAGCAAGCAGCUUCGAAAAAUAGAGAUGAAUCUCCAACGCUAUCGAGGAGAGAAACUACUGCUACAUCAGUUGUUACUCAAAAUGAGCAAUAG